AUGGCAAUAAUUGAAGGGAUUCUGGUUAACAGUGUUACUGAAAUCUUGAAGAAGUUGAUUCCAUUUAUAAUCAAAAACAUUCGUUUAGCAAAAGGUUUCAAAACUGAGCUGAAAAAUCUUCAAGAAACUUUGGAGUUGAUACUCACAGUGAUUGUGGAUGCAGAAGCCAAGCAAGUUCAUGAAAAUGCUGUGAGUUUUUGGUUGAUAAGGCUGAAAGAUGUUGCUUAUGAAGCUGAUGACGUGCUCGAUGAUUUUGCAUAUGAACUCAUGCGCCGGCAGAAUGAAACAAUAGGAAAGCUAGACAAGUCUAAGUUGCUGCCGGCUGGUACUUUUAGUACUGCUCACAGACAAAACUCUGAGCGACGGAAGCGAGAAACAUCUUCUUAUGUGAAUGAUUUAGAGGUUAUAAGAAGAAAAAAUGAUCAAUCAAGAAUAAUAGACUUGCUAAUCAAUUCGUCGUCAUGGUCUAAUGAAAAUCUUUCCACUGUAUCUAUCGUGGGUACGGGAGGUCUUGGCAAGACCACACUGGCACAACAAGUUUUCGACGACCCAUUAAUUAAGGCACAAUUUGAACCAAGAAUAUGGGUCUAUGUCUCUGACAGUGAUGCUGAUACCUUUGAUGCCAAUAAGCUUCUGCGAGUAAUCCUCGAGUCGAUCAUUAAACACACAUGUGAUGAUGUACCGAAUUUUAAUGAAUUGGUUUGUCAAGUUCAUCUGUUUUUGAGCGGAAAGAAAUAUUUGUUGGUUCUUGAUGACCUCUGGAGCGAGAAUGUCCAUCAAUGGGGGAGACUGAAAAGUUUACUUUCUGUUGGUGCUCACGAGAGCAAAAUUCUAGUCACUACACGGAAAAGCCAAGUUGCAUCAAUUGUUCGAGGUGCGAUUUCCCCGUACACUUUACAACAUUUGUCGAAUGAAGAUUGUUGGUGUAUUAUUAAGCAAAAAGCAUUUGCUCCUGGUGGUGCACUGGAGUCCGAUCCGGAUAUGUCAGAUAUAGGAAGAACGAUUGCGAAACAAUGCUGUGGUUUACCCCUGGUGGCAAAAACUCUAGGAGGUCUUAUGCACCUUAAAAACACGGAAAGCGACUGGGUCUCAAUCACAGAAGAUGCUCGCGGAAACCUCAAAUCAUGCAAGACACAUGAUCUUCUGUAUGAUCUUGCAAUAAGUGUUGGGAAGCAUGAAUGCUCACUUUCGCUUGUCAAAGACAUCCAGAUGAAAGAUGUUUCUGAAGUUCGCCGUUUGGGUUUGGUAUAUGAAGAGGAACACUUAUCAACGUUUCGAGAACUCUUGUACGCUGCAAAAAAGGUCCGCACUUUUAUUCUCUUUGAGCAAAGCCAUAAGGAUAUUAAGCUUAUUUGUAUGAAUAGCCACCUGCGUGUACUAGAUAUGACUGGCUUGACCAUAAGUAAAAGCUUAAUAACUUCUAUUGCCAGAUUGAGACAUCUCCGGUAUCUUAACCUCUCAUUUCCUAAGGAUUGCCAUAUCAAAGUAAUACAUUGUAGAUCCAUUGGUGCACUUCCAAGUGAUAUCGGGUUUUUGAAAAACUUAAGGCACCUCUAUCUUAAGAAUUCAAAAAUUCAAGAACUGCCGAAAUCUAUCUCUAGCUUAUCUAAUUUGCAGACAUUAAAUCUCUCGUGCUGUUUCAAUUUGCAAGAGAUGCAUGAACAUGUUGGAGCAUUGACAGAUCUAAGGUUCCUCAAUCUCUCCAGAACAUUGGUCAAGUGUUUACCUGAGUCGAUUACCUUUUGCUCUAAUUUGGAAAAGUUAAAGCUUCAUAAUUGUAAUCAUUUUGAGGAGCUACCCAGGGAUUUAGGUGCUUUGCGAAGGUUAGUGUUGCUAGACGUCUCGUUUACACGAAUCAAAGAGUUACCCGAGUCUAUAACUGUUUGUACCAAUUUGAGGUCACUAGAUUUUCGAUCUUGCAUGGAACUUGAUGCAUUGCCCAGAAAUAUUGGAGUUGCUUUGAAGCAUGAAAGGAUCUUGGACUUCUCUGAUACUAUGAUCAAGGAAUUGCCAGAGUUAAGAGACCUCAACAAUUUGGAGUACUUGGAUCUUAAGGACUGCGUGCUUCCAGAAGACAUUGGGAAUUGGAUCAAUUUGGAACAUGUCAAGUAUAGGGGUCACCGAGAAGAAACACCAAGAGGUUUAGGACGGAUGGCUAAAUUGAGAACGUUACCUGAGUACAUAAUCAGAGAGGGAGCGGAGAUCGGCGUGUUAAAAGGUCUCAACUUGCUUGAAGGAACAUUUCAGAUAUAUAAUCUUAAGAAUGUGAGGGGUGGCACUGAAGAAGUACUAAGUGCAAAUCUAAUGGAGAAGCGAAAUGUUCGCCACUUGGGGCUGAAUUGGAGUUGUAGAGGUUUUGGUGAUACUGAUGACAAAGAGGAGCAAGAGCAGGAAGAGGAGUACAAUUAUCAUAGUCCUGAACUAGUAUUGGAAGGGCUCCAGCCUCACCGUAAUCUGAAAAGUCUGACAAUUGAUGGUUUCAAAUGUGCAAAGCUUCCGUCAUGGAUGGAGAUGACUAAUAUUUCUGCGUCUUUACCAAAUUUGACAGAGAUCCAACUGCGAAACUGCAACAGGAAUGAGCAGAUUGUGGGGUUCAUGCAGAUUCCUCACUUGAAGAAGCUGAUCCUAUGUAAACUUCCCGAGCUGAAAGAAUGGGCGGAGUCGUUGUCAGCAGCAACAUCGUCUUCGAACAACAGCAAUUCUCAUCUUUUCCCAUGCCUCGAGGAGUUAUUCAUCAAACUUUGUCCUAAACUGUGCAGGUUGCCCACUUUGUCAUUUCCAUCUCUCAAGAAUUUCGAGGUUAAGCUCAGCAAUGCCAUGGUAUUGAGUUCAAUUCUACCGAACUUAACAUCUCCGUAUGUCCUCAAAAUGAAUGGAAUUUUAGAUCUUGAGUAUCUACCACGACAAACAUUGCAACCUGCACUUAAGUAUCUGGAAAUUUGGGGUUGCCCAAAAUUUGGAGGUUUUCAUCCGGCGGAGGAGAACAACAUAUAUGCUGCACCUAACUGUUCAGUAAUAGAAGAAUCAGUCUCUCUGAGGGAACUUCAUAUUCAAUGCCCUGAAGAAUGGAAUUCUUUGUCAGUGGAUUUGGAACGUGUUACGGACCUCGAGAUGAUAAGAAUUGGUUGGUUUUCUAAGGCUCCAGGAUUAUUUCCUUUUUCGGCAGAGCAAUUCUCCUCCUUCCCUUCCCUCUGGAUUUUUGAGAUAGAUGGGUGCUCACAAUGCUAGAAAAUUUAAGGAUAUCCAACAUGC